UAUUAGUAAACAUGGCUACGUCUGAGAGUGACGAUUUUGAAAGUGCAGACGAAGAUGUUGAAGAUUCAAAAACACUGUCAGUUGAUAGACCCACUCAAGGAACUUCUGCAAUCGGAAGAAGCGAUGCGAGCAGUAGUAGCUGCAGUUCAACUCUUACCUCAAGUGGCUGUGAUGUAGCACCGACAACAGAUGCUGAAGUUGAUAGGUUAGGAACAACAAAAAAUGCAGCUGUUGAGGAGAGUGAUGUAUUGACGGCAGGUGUUGGAGGGUUGGAAGUAGCAGAUGACCGUGAUCGUCAGCCGAUUGAUACUCAAGAAAAAAGGGACGUCAAGUCAAGGCAAACGAAGACCAAGCAGUCCAAGUCUACUGGAGUUAAGAAACUCGGUACAAAGAUUGUUCCAGCUAGCGACCGAUCCGGAACUGUGACUGCUCCACCGCGAGGUGACGCAGCGGAAUGUAAUGUUGAAAAGCUAGCAGCCACAGAUUAUAGUAACAAGAGAGGCACACCACCCAGUCAUGACGGUUGUGCAGCCAGUGAAACACAUGGUCCACAACACGGUGGGGGCAGCCCCGCUAAUAUUUCUGCAGCCGAAAACAUAAGUGAGGUUUUGGAAAAGACCGAAGAUACUUCAUCCGAAAAUGAAAAGGGGUGGGGCGGCUGGGGAGGGUGGGGGGUGUCGUCGCUGCUGUCCUCGGCGACGGAGGGCGUGGCCAGCCUCACCUCGCAGGUGUCCCAGGGCCUGAGCACGGUGCUGGAGGCUGGGAUCGGGGCGCCCGACCCGGAGGAGCUGGCGCGGCUGCACCGCGAGGAGUCCCGGGCCGCCGGGCAGCACGAGCAGGAGGAGCAACACCCAGCAGCCGCAGAGACGCGGUCGCAGGAGGCCGGCUCGGGCGUGUUCGGGCUGGGGCAGCUCAUGUCCGGAGUGUCGUCCAUCACGAGGCUGGUGGAGAGCACCGGCGCCCGGGUAAUCUCCGGGGGGCUGGACACCCUGGAGACCAUCGGCAAGAAGACCAUGGAGGUGCUGCAGGAGGGCGACCCGGGCCUCAAGAGGAAGAGGGCGCUGUUCGGCGACCACACCGUCCUGUCUCAGGUGCUGAGAGAAGCCAAGCAGAGGGCCGAGGCGGAGGACUCCCAGCGGGACGAGCGGCAGCAGGCCAGGAAGGCCCACUUCGAAACGCUGUUCGACGACUACCAAGGGCUGGUGCACCUGGAGGCCCUGGAGAUGCUGUCGAGGCAGUGCGAGCUGCGGCGGCAGGCGGCGCUGCUGGGGGCGACGGGGCCCCGCCUGGCUGCUCUGCAGGCCGCCGGCCAGCGAGUCCAGGGGCUGUGCCUCCUGCCCGACUGCGACGAGCAGCCCGAGGAGCCCGACGAGGACUGGCAGGCCCGCCUGGCCGCCGCCGCCGCCGCCCUGCCGGUGCCCUUCCUCGCCGACAGGAUCCUCAAGACGUGGGGCGAGACGGCGGCGUGGCUGGACGGGGCCGGCCGCGGGGCGGGUGCCCGGGAGGUGCACCGGCGGGCCAUCGAGGGCCUGGCGCGGCUCACGGCGGAGUCUGUGGAGCAGUUCCACAAGGCGGCGGAGCUGCUCUUGGUGCAGCAGGGCCGCGACCCCGCCGGGGAGGCCCGGCUCUUCGUGCAGAUCACAAGUGCAGUGACUUCCGCGCUCAACCUGACUGCUACGAGUUUCUCGGAGCACCUCAGCAAGUGUCCUGCUAACUCGCUGUCUCCAGACGAGGUCAACAACCUCAUCACCAACGUCUUUCUUGAGGCGAACAACAGUAGUUCGUACAUGGAAGAGGCUUUGCGUUUGCUCGUUCCUGUACUGCAAGUGGCUCUUGAAGAGUGAACCGUCGCCAUUUUCACGGGAUGUGUUGUGUAACCGUUGUACGUAUCUCGUGCCUAUGUCGUAAUACAUAUUAUGUAACGUA